GUACCUGCUCUCGGGUGGGGAAGGCGCUGGCCCUGGGGGCGCUGCUGUGGUGUGGGCAGGAGCCGGGUGUAUGGGCUCAGCCUGCAGGAUGAUGUGAGGCAGAAAGUUCACCUCAGCACCUUUGGCUUCUUCAAGAGUGGGUUCAUGAUGGUCAAUGUCAGCAACCUUUCACUGGAGGGACCUUGGAGCCUUGAUGACAAGAGCAACUCAGCAUGUGAAAGUAGAGCCCUCUUCAGAAGCUGCUGCCCAGUUGCCUAAAAUUUUCUUCAUGACUGCCGAGACUGCCAUUGCGUUGGCUACCAACACUUCAGAACAAACCCGUGAGUCUGAGCGCACGAAUGUGGGGAGCAACCAAAGUCCUGGUGGCCCAGGUGACAAGUCCAAAAGAAGCAUAACAGCAACUCAGAAUGUAAUGGAGCAAGUGCACCAUUUUCAUAAAGAUAAAGGAACUGUUUCAUUCCAGUAUCAGCUCUGAAAAUGAAGGUCUGUACACUUUGCUUCCACAAGUGUGUUGGCAGUGUUGUGCAGACCAGUGAUCAGCUCCUCUUGAGCCUUGAUAUAGAGAUCAAGGAAAAGAACCCUGAAAGUUACCUCUCGGCGGGUGAGAUCCCACUUCCAAAGCUCUACAUUUCUAUGGCUCUCCUCUUCUUUCUUUCUGGGACUGUGUGGGUCCACAUCCUUCGUAAAUGCAGGAAUGAUGUGUUUAAGAUUCACUGGCUAGUGGCAGCCCUCCCUUUCACAAAGUCUCUGUCCUUGAUGUUCCGUGCAGUAAAUAUUCUCUAUUUGUUUCUCCCUUAUGGGGGAAGUGGAACAAGUGGAAAGCAGGGCAAGGUAUAUCAGGGAAAUGGCAGCUUGCUGAAGGACCUUCUGCUGUUCAUCACCAUCAUACUGAUCGGCACUGGCUGGGCUUUCAUUAACAUCCUUUCAGAUAAAGACAAAAAGGUCUUUAUGAUUGUCAUCCCGCUACAGGUCCUGGCAAAUGUGGCAUACAUCAUCCUAGAGUCAAGAGAAGAGGCAACAACUGACCAUGGGCUGUGGAAACGAAUUCUAUUCCUGGUAGACCUACUGUGUUGUGGAGCCAUCCUAUUUCCAGUAAUAUGUUAUUAUCCUAGCAAAGCUGAAGCUGUUCAGACAUUACUCCAUUAUGGGUACAAGUUCUGUCCGGCAUCUGGUAACCCUACCUACGUCUCUCUUAGGACGAUGAAGAUGACUGGAAGGUGGAAGCUGUGGUGGCUACUUCAAGGGUGAUGAAAAGCAGGGAGAAGGUCAAGAAAGCGGUAAAUGGUUCAGCAGAACCCGGGCACAAGUGGAAGAACACAGCACGAGGGGCCGAUUCCCCUGGACCAAGGCAGCACUUUCCGAGAAAAUGUUACUGUACUAAUACUACUCCGUGGAAAGGGAGCAACCUGAGCUUCCCAACACUGGGACUGCAGACUGGGUGUGUGGAGGGGAGCAAAACGUUGCAAAAAGCUAAUUAUUCCGCUUUUCAGGAUAUAGUGUUACACACAAGGAAUCUGGAGCGUUCUUAGGGAUGCUGGGUGGCUUAUUUCUCUCUCUCUUUUU